CCACGCUCCACUACGAUGCCGCAUGUCAAGAUGGUCGCGCCCAGAGUCACGCGCUUAAUAUGGUUUGGGUUUGCAUGAUGAAAUAUUUCCUUUCUUUUUUCUUAAUAAACGUAUCCACCCUCGCCGUAUGUAAGGAUGUUGUAGUAGAAGAAAACGAUGAUGAUCUUCGGGGUCACGCGCGAGUGUGUGUACGGCGCUGGUUGGUGGAAUAAAGAUUAUUCUUUGGAAGCACGAGAAGGUCGGCUGGUCAGUGGUACAGAAAACGCGAAUGACCCUUCAACUGGUUGACAUCUUUCCUGACUCAACAUUUUGUGAAAAUUUGAACGUUUCCUUAGACGCUAAACAUAAUAGCUAUAUGGACGUCGACUUAGAAGAGCGUAAUGUUGUGAAGUUCGACCCACCAGUAAGCACGCAACGGUAUAAAGCUACGUACGACAUUCUCGCCAAGGCUCCCGACGUCACCAGUGUCGUCGACUUCGGCUGCGCAUCUGGACACUUCCUAAAGUUCCUGAAGAGACUGGAACAAGUAACAGAUAUCGCUCUAGUAGACACCAGUUACGGAUGCCUCGACGAAGCGUGGCGUUUGGCAAGGCCUCUCGUUUGGGAAUGCCUCAACAGACGAGCGCGGAACCUGAGCAUUAAACUCUAUUGUGGGAGUGUGGCCCAUAAAGACACUCGGCUGCGUCACUUCGAUGCUGUCACCUGCAUCGAGCUCAUUGAGCACCUUCAACAAGAAGACCUUCUGCUCCUGCCGGAGACCAUAUUCGAUCAUGUGUCUCCCAAGAUAGCGGUCAUCACGACGCCUAACAAGGACUUCAACGUUGUGUUUCCCAACAUGCAGGGCAUGCGCCAUUGGGACCAUAAGUUUGAAUGGACUAGGGAAGAGUUUCAACAAUGGUGCUCAAAAAUUGUACAGAGGUACCCCGAUUACACGGUGGACUACUCAGGUGUUGGUGAUGCCCCUAGCAGUGAGUUUGAAGGCGUGGGGCACUGCAGCCAAAUUGCAAUUUUCGUCCGCCGAAAUAGUACCACCCCCAACAACAACAACAGGGACCCUGCUGUUGCUGACAAUCUUAUUUAUGACCUGGUCACAGAGUGCAUUCAUCCUGGGAGAGAUUGACGACGAAACCCCGGUGCAUACAAUCUGCACCUUUUAAAUAUGCUUCUUACUCAUAUGUUUCAUUUUGUCAUUUAUUUCUGCGGUACACUACUUACUGCGGAUAAAAUAAAGUGCAAUAUUCAUUUCCCUACA